AUGCCCUUGGAAGUAACACCGCCUCCGUUUGCUGCUAGUCAGCGAUUACCUUAUACUCCAGCCUUCGCUCGAACAGAAGGUCAAGGAAUCCCCUCUGGAGCUAGCUCGAUUGGUGGUCCUGGACCCGCUUCAGUCGCUGCAUCAGCUAUCAUACCACCCACUGCUGGAGCAAUUGCAGAUCCUCAUCGAGCGGUUGCCGCUUUACCUGAAGCAGGUUAUACAGCGCCUCAACUUCGACCAACAGUGAUGAUUGACCCACGAGGAGGUGGAUCAGUCUAUGGUGGCGGUGGUGGAUCGGUAUAUGGCGGAGGAUCGAUGUAUGGUGGUGGAAAUGGGGUACAUGCACAACCAAACUCAACAUAUGGAUAUGACCAUCAAGUUUCUCAUCCUAUUUCUGCUCAUCAUCAGCAACAUCACCAUGUUCAUGCGCCACUUUCCGUAGUCCAAAGUGAUGGAUGGCAAGCAAACUCGUUACCCGCUCCAAGACGAGGUCCAUUGCCACCAGAAUCAAUGAUAGCUCCUAAAUCUCAUCAUCAUAAACACCAUGAUGAUUUCGAUGAUUCGAAAAGUGAUACAAGCUAUUACGCCAUGCCUAGAAAUCACAAUCAUAUACCUAGAUCAAGAUGUGGUUCAGUUUCUUCGAUUUCUGAUUCACCAUCUCCUCAAGAGUCACAACAACAACAGCAUCAAACACAACACCAAGGACAUACACAUCGAUCGAGGUCGAUUAGUGGAAACCAUCAUGAAUCUCAUUCUCAUUCGACUAAUCACAACCGAUCACCUUCUUUACCGCCCGCAGGUCAUUUUCACUCACCCAUUUCACCUUCGCCUUUAGCAGCGCCUUCAGCAUUCGCCGGAGGAGGAGGAGGAGGAGUGGCAAAUUCGAUUGGAAGAUCGCCACUUUCUCCUUCAGAUGCUGAUCUCCCAAGAAGACAUAGAGCCUCACCUGGUCCGGACGAAGACAAGAGGAGAAGAAUGCAUUCUUUCAUUCCAGCCGAUAUUGAAGAUACUCAUCAACCUGCAGUUAACAAACAUAGGAGACACUCUGGUGUAGGGUUUGAAGUUGAGAGACCACAAAUACACCGUCAUAAUUCUGGUGGGAAUCAUCACAAUCAUAAUCACACUCACCUUGAACCCGCACAUGGUAAUGGUAAUGGUAAUGGACAUGGACAUGGACACGGACACAGACACGGUCAUCAUCGUCAUCGAUCUGGAUCACAUCUUCCUCCUCCUCCACCAAGCGAUUAUUCGUAUUCUUCCUCUUACCAGAGUCGCGCACCUUCUCCUCCACCAAUGAUGGGAGGAGGCGCUUUAGGCGUUCACUUACAUGAUGGCAUGUCUUACUCCGGUCGCCGAAGGGCAGUGUCAAUGCAAGGUCUCGAAAGGCCGUAUCAGCUUCAGUCGUAUCAGACUCCUAGUGUAGUGGGAGGUGGAAAUGCUACAGUCUACGAUGAUGGUGCUAGUAUGGUCUCUGACUCGAAGAUGACAUUCAUGGAUGGUAGUGUAGCGGGCAGAACCAGUCAGUAUGGUUUACCGAAAUAUCCUCAUCAGCCGAAGAUGGACUAUAGGAGGUUUUGCGUGCAAAGAGGCAAUGCAGAUGUAUUCCUGGAUUAA